UCGGUCAAACAACCCCGCCCAUCUCGCUCCGGCGCGCCCACACGGCGACCGUCUUCGGUCCCGGUGGGAACGGCACGCCACGGGCGCCAUAUUCUUCUUCCCCAGCGCCCCCCAUGCGUAGCGCAACCAAACGAAAGACCAGCUCCAGCUCCAUCUCCAUCUCCAGCUCCGAGUCAACUCUCCACCCCGUACUUCGGACUGCUAGUUUAAUACUAGUUCGUCCGACUUGGCUAGUCCGGCGAGCACAAUCCCCGGAUAUUCCCCGCAAAUCAUACGACCCGGGCUUAAAAAUCUCUGAUUUGUUAUUAGGGCUUUACUGGCUUCUGAGUUAGAGCCUGACAGACGAGAAGAGAUUCCCCCGCUCUCCCUCCUAUAUUACCCCAUCCUCCUUCCUGCCUUCCUUCCUCGGCCUCCCACUCUGCUUCGUCGUCCUCUCCUCUCUGCUUCCACACUACAAGAAGCAGGGUCUCGCAGCAUGGCGCUCCUCGCGCUGGCCGUGGUCGUCGCCGCGGCGGCGGCGGUCACCACGGGCUGCGAGGCCGGCGUGACCAGCGCGUACCGGCGCAAGCUGGAGGCCACGGCGGACAUGCCGUUCGACGCCGACGUCUUCCGCGUGCCGCCGGGCUACAAUGCGCCCCAGCAGGUGCACAUCACGCUGGGCGACCAGACGGGCACGGCCAUGACGGUGUCGUGGGUGACGGCGAGCGAGCUGGGCAACGGCACGGUCAGGUACGGCCCGUCGCCGGACAAGAUGGAGAUGGCGGCGCGGGCCACGCACACGCGCUACGACUACUUCAACUACACCUCCGGCUUCAUCCACCACUGCACCCUCAGGAACCUCAAGCAUGGCGUGAAGUACUACUACGCGAUGGGGUUCGGCCACACGGUGCGGACCUUCUCCUUCACCACCCUCCCCAAGCCCGGCCCCGACGUCCCCUUCAAGUUCGGACUCAUCGGUGACCUGGGCCAGACGUUCGACUCCAACAGCACGCUGUCGCACUACGAGGCCAACGGCGGCGACGCGGUGCUCUUCGUGGGCGACCUCUCCUACGCCGACGCCUACCCGCUGCACGACAACCGGCGGUGGGACAGCUGGGCGCGCUUCGUGGAGCGCAGCGUGGCGUACCAGCCGUGGAUCUGGACGGCCGGCAACCACGAGCUGGACUACGCGCCGGAGAUCGGCGAGACGGUGCCCUUCAAGCCCUUCACCCACCGCUACCGCACGCCGUACCUCGCCGCCGGCAGCACGGAGCCGCUCUGGUACUCGGUGAAGAUCGCCUCCGCCCACAUCAUCGUGCUCUCCUCCUACUCCUCCUACGGCAAGUACACGCCGCAGUGGACGUGGCUGAGCGACGAGCUGGGCCGCGUCGACCGCAGGGCCACGCCGUGGCUCAUCGUGCUCAUGCACUCGCCCUGGUACAACAGCAACAACUACCAUUACAUGGAGGGGGAGACGAUGCGGGUGCAGUUCGAGCAGUGGCUCGUGGGCGCCAAGGUGGACCUCGUCCUCGCCGGCCACGUCCACUCGUACGAGCGCAGCCGCCGCUUCUCCAACGUCGCCUACAACAUCGUCAACGGCAAGGCCACGCCCGUGCGCGACAUGGACGCGCCCGUCUACGUCACCAUCGGCGACGGCGGCAACAUCGAGGGCAUCGCCAACAACUUCACGGAGCCGCAGCCGGCCUACUCGGCGUUCAGGGAGGCGAGCUUCGGGCACGCGACGCUGGAGAUCAAGAACAGGACGCACGCAUACUACGCGUGGCACCGGAACCACGACGGCGCCAAGGCCGUCGCCGACUCCGUCUGGCUCACCAACAGGCACUACCUGCCCACCGACGACUCCAAGUGAAGUGAAGUGAAGUGAAGUGAUCGGAGUCGGACGGAUCAUCUUCUUCGUCACAAGCAUUCCAUAUCUCAGAUGCCCCUUUCCCUGAUGCUACUUGAGUCAGCAAGACGGGGUUUUUCUUACCUACUACUAUACGUUGUUCGGUUCAAUCAGCCGGCUGCGAUUCUUCUGAAGCAGCAGCAGCAGCAGCAGCAGCAGCAGAAGAAGAAGAAGAGACCUUGAGCCGGAGGUCGCAAGUGAGAUCUCUUGAGCUGGAGCCAUAGUUUAGUGCAAUUAGUCAUGUAACUGUAAGCGUAAAGCUCCUGCACGUGAUUUCGUUUGGAAAUUGGAAUGAAAUAAAACUAGGGAUUUGGGAGGUA